GGUAGCCGCCUGAUUUACACACACGUUGCAAAGCUUACCCCCCUACUGUCGGACUGUGUUACAGUGCCUGCAGUCAUUGUGGACCUGAUGGACAUCCACCACGGCUCAGCCACCGGCCAGUCUGUGGUGUGCAUCACCAGAGGGCAGCCCACUCCGGUGGUGGAGUGGUUCGUCUGUAAGAACAUCAAGCAUUGUGCCAACGACUCGUCGGCCUGGGUGCUGCUCCCCGCCAACUCCACGGAGAUCGCGAUGGAUGCGCACGUCGAUGAGGAAAGCAACCUGGAGAGCCGGGUCAUGUUUGGUCACCUUGAGAGCACGCUGGCGGUGCGCUGCCAGGCCAGGAACGAAAUGGGCAUCGUCAGCAGGGAGGUCAAACUGGUGUCCAAUGGCCCUCACCCAGAGCUGACUGUAGCUGCUGCUGUGCUGGUGCUGCUGGUCAUUGUCAUCAUCUCACUCAUUGUCUUGGUUAUUAUCUGGAAACAGAAACCACGCUACGAGAUCCGCUGGAGGGUCAUCGAGUCUGUGAGCCCGGACGGCCACGAGUACAUCUAUGUGGAUCCAAUGCAGCUUCCCUACGACUCCAGAUGGGAGUUCCCCCGAGACAGACUCAUGCUCGGUCGUAUCCUGGGUUCCGGAGCCUUCGGGAAGGUUGUGGAGGGCACCGCUUACGGACUGAGCCGCUCCCAGCCCGUGAUGAAGGUGGCAGCGAAGAUGCUGAAACCCACGGCCCGCUCCAGUGAGAAGCAGGCCCUGAUGUCCGAACUGAAGAUCAUGACUCAUCUCGGACCACAUCUGAACAUCGUUAACCUCCUGGGAGCGUGCACCAAAUCAGGCCCCAUCUACAUCAUCACGGAGUACUGCUUCUACGGGGACCUGGUCAACUACCUGCAUAAGAACAGGGACACCUUCCUCACCCUGAACCCGGAGAAGAGCAAGAAAGAGCUGGACAUCUUUGGGAUCAACCCUACAGAUGAGAGCAGCAGGAGGUUUGUGUCUUCGAUUUUUUUUAAAAACUUGUAAUUCAGACAGUUAUCGUGUUCGGAAAAUGUUAUGGGAGCGGACAAAAGCACACAUUUCAAUACACCGUCCCCAUAAAAACCCUUUUGACUGCAGGAACUUUCCUCAGGUACGAGGAACCUUUUGACUGCAGGGACCAGAGUCUAAGUUUAGUUCUGGGGACGUUUUACCUCCCAAAAAGGCCCCGGUCGGGUUUUUAAUACUUUCUGAAAGGAAACUUUCAGGGUGGGGUUUGCAGGGAUGACCGUCGCUGAUUGGUCAAACACAAACAGCGCCGCUGCUUCAACUCGUUUACCGUUUCAUUCAAGUACUCCAGUGUCAUUUUAGGACAAGCGAUGAGCAUUUCUCUUUGUUUAAUAACCUUAAAAGUAAAGUUAGGCUUUGCUGUCGGCUUCUCGACUCAUUUUAAACAAAGACAGAGAGAAAAAGUGAGAUUUUCCGAUUAUUGUAUUUUUAUGUUACUUUCUAAACAG